AUGGCUAGAGAGAAGAUUCUGUUGGGGCUGAGAAUAUUUGCAUUCAUGGCUACUUUAGCUGCAGCCAUUGUAAUGGGUCUCAACAAAGAGACAAAGACUUUGGUUGUGGCCACCAUUGGUACUACUCCUAUCAAAGCUACUUUAACCGCUAAGUUUCAGCACACACCGGCUUUCGUGUUCUUUGUUAUAGCUAAUGUAAUGGUUAGCUUCCACAAUUUGCUGAUGAUUGUUCUUCAGAUAUUCAAACCGAAACUGGAAAUCAAAUGUUUCAAUCUCAUCUCCGUCGCCAUCCUCGACAUGCUAAACGCGAGUCUAGUAUCUGCGGCUGCAAACGCGGCCGCGUUCAUGGCGGAGUUGGGAAAAAACGGGAACAAACAUGCCAAGUGGAACAAAAUAUGCGAUAGGUUCGCCAUUUAUUGCGAUCACGGCGGCGGAGCACUCAUAGCCGCCUUUGCCGGAGUGAUUCUUAUGCUCCUCAUCUCCGCCGUCUCCAUUUCUCGCCUCUUAAUACAUUCUAACAAAUCCGCCGCGGCCUCAUCUCCGUCGUCUCUUGCCGCCGUCUUAUAA